AUGACUAUUGCUGCAUAUGCGUAUGAAACAAAUGAAGCAAGAAGAGCACAUGAACUAGUAAACGAAAACUCAACUUUAACCAUUGAAGGCAAUGAUUUAGUCAUUGACGAUGGAAAAACUAAAAAAGUCAUUGAUUUCGAUACUUUUAACACUUAUGACCCAUUCAUUACAAUAAGUAAAGUUCCUAUCAUAAAUGAUGGAACGGUGCAAUAUAUAAAUUCUACUGUAGAUGCCUCAUUAGUGAAAGUACUGAAUGUUCUCAUUGAAUUGUUAAAGAGCUUUCGAUUUGACGACAACAUUAAAUGCUUAAAGAAUUUAGUCAUGAAUGAGAAACAAAUUCUUGGCGUUGCUGGUGGCAGUAAUGAUGUACACCUUAUGACAUUAGAAUAUUAUAACGAACAUAAAGAUGAACUGAAAGGAGAGAAGGGUGACACCGGACCUCAAGGACCACAAGGAAUACAAGGAAUACAAGGAAUACAAGGAAUACAAGGACCUCAAGGCGAAAACGGUUUGGAUGGAAAGGAUGGAAAGGAUGGAAAAACUGCUAAAUCAUGGAUAUGGGACCUUAUAAAUACUGGUUUAACAGCUGCUUCAUAUGGAGUUCUUCAAUACCAAAUCGGAAAGAUAUGGGCGGUACUUGGUGAAGAAGUUUUAAAUGACGUUAAAAAUGCUUUGAACUUCAUUUCAAAUGGUUCGGAUACUAUUAAAACUUUAUCUGGUUGGAUGCAAGAAACAAGGAGUCAAAUAGAUACUGUAAGACGUAUAGCAAACAAUGCAC